UCAAUAAUUUAUUUUCGUACUGCGGGCUGUCACAUUGCCUGCAACUAGCGAAUAAUUCCCGCCAGAGAAUUCGAAAUUGUAAGAUUCGCCUCUCCAUAUACCUCUCUCCGAAGUUUAGUGGAAAGAGGGUUAUCCGUCGGAACAGCUGAGUAGCGCCUUGGUGCGGUCCUCACGGUAAGAAGAGAACAAUAGGUUGUUUGUAUCUACUCAUUACAGCUAGAGCAUCUGCGGCAAUUUUAAUACAAUCAAAAUCAUACAACUUCGCGCUUUACUAACCUGAACUGUUCGUUUAUUCGGUUGUCCUUUACAAGUAUAGUUUCAACGAAAUGGUUUUGAGAAGUGAACGAAGACAAUGCACAAUACUAUUGAAGUACAUAGAUCAUGUUUAAUCAGGCAACAACGAAUAUGCUUGACCAAAAAAGAACUGCAGUUUUAAUGAUUAAAUAUGUUUCUGUUGCCCCGCCGAUACAGUUAUUCUAAUGGCCAACUUUGCGUCGAGGUAACAAUACUUCUCUGAAGCGUGGCGUGCCUAUAGCAAUCAUCAAUGCAUUGACUGUUUCCAGUAUACACUUUCGGAAAUCAGUUUGAAAGUGGAAUCGCAUUAAAACACAUCGAUUUACUGAUCCAUUUUCAUGAAGACAGGUAAAUAAACAAUUAUUAUUGUUAGCAAGGUUUCAGGAAGUUUCAAUCCUGAAUACAUGCGUCGUAUGUAUUUAUAGACAAAAUUUGAAAUGUAUCUUUGAACACAGUUGUUUUUAUGCCGCGAUGUAGCGAAAGAAUCUCACCGUUUUACGAAAGGAAAUUGCCGCCCUUUUUUUUUUCAAACUACAACAUAGAAUCUUCUGGAUGAAAGCUAUGUAUUUGAUUAUAUGUCGCUGUUAACGGUCGGUUAUCUCCCCUUCUAAAUAUCUGAUGUAAAGAUCGUUAACGACGACCUCUUCUCAAUCUCGUAAAAGCUCCAAUCGGCAGCGUAAACACCAUAAAAUUAAUUUGGCCCACAAACGCAAUUGCCAUUGUACACUGUUCUACACUAGUAGUUUUAGUAAACAUUUUAGAUGUUGCAUUUUCCAUAAAUUCUCUUUUUUAGAUAAAAUUGUGUUUCUUUUGUGACUGGACCGAAUGCUGCACGAACUGUAAGCAAUACAGCUAGAGCAGCAGCACCUUGUCUUAGAUAUAUUGAGCUUGAACGAUUCAUUUUAUUUCGAAGAUAAUCGGUGGAUUUCUACUGUGCGUAUUAUGAACAAAACUAUCUUGAGCUUAUUAUUCGCGCGUAUUCCCGAUUGUAACCAUGUUAUGCAAUGUCCUUGACACAUAUUGAACCUUCCGUUAAUUGGUGUUUUCGGGCCGCUACGUUUGAUAUAAGAGGUUUUGAUUACCAUUGUAUCUUAAACCAGUGUAUCUUAAGGACUUGACGCACUCCUCUACUCAGUCUGCAUUCGAACCUGAAUUUUCUUGUUAUAAGAAGUUUUUAUAAUACCUAUUUUUUUACGCACAUCGAAUUCAUGCCAUAGCCCACCAAACAAGUGUACUCGAUAUCAAUCCGAUGCAACCGAUAAUAUGAACAUAAUUGUUACGAUGUUACAAUAACAGAGUUAUAACAUCAGCUCUACUUCUGCGCGUUCAAUGUCAGGCGCAUUUGACUCAAUGCUUAUCAUAUACGCUCCGUUUUCAGUGAACACUCUCAUUAAUCUUUCUAAUAUGCCAGUUACUAUAUCUAUGAGUAAUGUAACAAAAAUAUACUCGAUUUUUUUGUUCCAAUGAAUUGAUAACGACUGCAACUUUAUCUAAUAUAAAUAUUCGUGUCUAAGUAAAAUCCAGGUUUUUGAGCCAGUUGCUAAACUUAAGAAGUGCAAACCAAUAUAUUUAAGUAAUUUCAGUAUCUAUUAAUAUCUCUUUCCACCUUUUUUACUAUGAAAAUUACUUUUGUUUAUCUAUCUACUACAUAUGCAGGGUCUAGAUUCUGUGUCGUGCCAAGGAUGGAUCCAUCCUCGUUGGCUGGAAUGCCCGCGUUACCUCGUUCCCUCCGUUCCCUGUUGAACUUCAACGCGCACCAGUUACGUGAGAUGGGCCGUGCGCACGUGAUGCGUGCCCGAAUGCAGCAACAGCAACAGGACGAAAAGGACAAUCGCCAUUCGCAACACAAUCAAAACAGACACGUUCACAGGCCGCCUUCGCCGACUGCUGGAUGGAACGGUAACACUGGUGAACAAGCGAACGGAAUUCGAAGAAUGUCUUCCGGGGGUCAACGGACCGUCUACGAUAAUCAAGAUCCUGUUCUAAGGUUAGAAGCAAAAAUGACUCUUCUUCGACGUGAGAUGGUUGCUCUCAGACAAACUGAUUUGUCCUUGUUGUGCCAACUCUGGUCAGUUAAUGAAAUGCUGCAGGACAUGAAACAGAAUGGAGAAUUAGAGGAGCUAUUUGAUGAAGAGGCUCUUGAGACACCAGAGGCUCAACAGGCUUACCUUGAAUAUCGCAAACAGUUGCAUGAGUAUAACCAAUUAUUGGAGAAACAUCAGGCAUCGUUCCGAGAAGCAGGGACAUUGAGCGAAGGCAGCUCAUCCGAGGGAGUGCAAAGUGCUCUUGGCUCGCCUGAUAAAUAGAAUGUCGAAAGGGGGCACCUCAGUAAAACGAUAUAUAUAUAUACGCAGAUCCUUAUACAUAAGAAUCUGCGUAAUCCGAAAUAAGCUGAGAAGCCAGGUCAGUACGUUAAUACGAAUAGAAGAAGAAACAAAGAGAGAAAUUGCUGUGGUGGUAUAGAGACAAGGUAGCUCUUCUCAAAGUCAUCUCACCGUCUUCUCACGCCGUAAAUGAAUGUGAUGUUGUACACAUUUAAGCGACUGCUUGUAAAUCAAAGGGAAGUUGAUCCCCGGAACUUCAGCGCCAGCAUCUGCCGUUCAGAGCACGGUACUCCGUUACACAAUGUAAACAAACUGGAAUGUCAAUCACUUUCUAACUUGCUUAUAUUAUGAAGGGAAAGCAUUUGUUUCACGGAACUACCGGAAAGAAAAUGAAGAUGAAGAUUCAUGAGAAUCGACAGAAUGCUUUACCUCAGUAGACCUUUACUUUCCUCAGACCAAUUGCUGUAGCUCCGUGCGGCGGUCCAAUAGUUAAUUUUGAAACUUGCUUAUUCUGGGCUAUGAACACUAUUCGAACUUACCGAUGCAUUUAAUUACUACUGACAUUCUGAUCUCCCAUCGACAAGAAACAUAGCAACUCGAAUAGAUAAUGCAUUGCCAAUUUGAUUUAUGCCACUGUAAUUUAUGUUAGAUCAUCGCUACCAUUCAUUCUCUUCGUCCUCCAUAAAAAUCGGAUAUUAUUCACUAAACUACUGUGCAGUCAGGAGAGAAAAGAGGCAUGCCAAAGAACUUCCUGAAGACGCGCUAUUGUUACACGUAACGAUGUCUGUGCUCGAAACCCUGGAGAAUUUCUGGGUGAACCUCAUGAAGCUUCUGUGCCUACACUGGUUGAUUAAAAUGAUUGCUAACUACACAGAGCGCCCGUGUAACUGGAAAACAAAUCAUUGCGACUUGAUUUUUUUUUCGAAAAAACGCGGUCGUACUUAGAUCUCGAAUCCACUUAUGUCAAAACUUUACUUGAAAUAUGACAAAUUCAAUUAAGAUGUAUACCUAGA